AUGAAUACGUCUUUCUUGCGGUUGCUGUGCACCCUCUUUGCACUAUCCCAUUAUGCAUUGGCUCAAAGUGGUUAUAAUUACAACAAACCAUCAAAUCCCCUGAACGGCCCAACUACAGCAAUACCGGGCACUAGCUAUCCUACUUCAUUCCCUACAACGGUUUCGUCAUACCCAACUCAGGCUGACCAAUUUGGUUCUACUGGACCUACUGGUACGCCCAGUUUUACUGGUGGGUAUGGUGGCCAAACAGCCUAUCCUACAUCUGCACCUCAAGAUUUUACUACUGCUAACUUCCCUAGUUCAACUGCACAACGACCUGGAAACUUCCCUACUGGUUCAGGUUCAUCGCCUGGAUAUGGCUCAUCUGGUGAUGGUUCUUCUGGACCAAACACAAGACCAAGCUAUGGUCCAAGUGGACAAGAAAGCUUAGGAGCCCCUCAAAGUGGUAAUGGAUAUGGUGUUGGAUCAGGAUCUGGUUUUGGAUCUGGAAGUUCAAAACCGAGUGGAUUUGGUGGAAGUUCAGGAACACCAAGUUCAACUGGUUUUGGAAGUGGAAAUGCUCCGGGUAGUUAUGGAAGUGGAAACAAUGUAGGAACUACUGGAUUUGGAAGUGGAAAUGCUCCGGGUAGUUAUGGAAGUGGAAACAAUGUAGGAACUACUGGAUUUGGAAGUGGUAGUGCCCCGGGUAGUUAUGGAAGUGGAAACAAUGUAGGAACUACUGGAUUUGGAAGUGGAAAUGCUCCUGGUAGUUAUGGAAGUGGAAACAAUGCAGGAACUACUGGAUUUGGAAGUGGAAACACUCAGGGUAGUUAUGGCAGUGGAAACAAUGCAGGAACUACUGGAUUUGGAAGUGGGAGUGCCCCAGGUAGUUAUGGAAGUGGAAACAAUGUAGGCACUACUGGAUUUGGAAGUGGAAAUGCUCCUGGUAGUUAUGGAAGUGGAAACAAUGUAGGAACUACUGGAUUUGGAAGUGGAAAUGCUCCUGGUUAUGGUGGUAGUGGUGGUUCUGUACCAGGAACAGGUUUUGGAAGCAACCCGGGAUCAAGCGGUUUUGGUAUAGGUAGUGCACCUGGCAAUUACGGAAGUAACAAUGUUGGAACACAAGGACCAAAUAGUUUUGGCAGUGGUGUUGGUGGUGGAUCCAGGCCAAGUUAUGGAGGUGCCGGAAUUGGUGGACCUAGCAGUGUAGGCGGUGGAAAUUCUGGUGUACAAGGACCUAGCAGUUUCUUUGGUGGAAACGGUGGUAGCCAAGGACCUAGCAGUGUUGGAGGUGGAAAUGCUGGUGUACAAGGACCUAGCAGUUUCUUUGGUGGAAAUGGUGGUAGUCAAGGACCUGCUAGUUUUGGAAACGGCUUUGGAUCUGGAAACUCACCAACUGGAAAUAAUGAUGAUGGUUCUUACGAAGGUGGUGACUUUUCUGCUAUACCCGGAGAACCAGGUACCGACUACCCAAUACUAUCAGAAAUCCCAAAUACUUCAUUUACUUGUAACCAGAGAUUACCAGGAUACUACGCUGAUACCGAAGCCAGAUGUCAAGUAUUCCAUAUAUGUUCUAAUGAUAUUAAAUACGAUUUCUUGUGUCCUAAUGGAACAAUAUUCCAUCAACAACACUUUGUAUGUGUCUGGUGGAACCAGUUUGAUUGUUCAACUGCUGAAAGUCUAUAUGGCUUGAACGCUAAUAUUUAUGACUACUCCAAAGUAGGUUCUCCAGGACAAUCAGGCCCACAAGGUCCUAUCGCUAAUUUCCCUGGACAAGUUGGUCCUAAUGGACCAAUUGGUAACUACCCCGGUUUAUCUGGACCACAAGGGCCAAUUGCUAACUUCCCAAUAAUUUCUGGUCCACAAGGCCCAGUUGCAAACUACCCAGGACAAUCAGGACCACAAGGACCAACAGCCAAUUAUCCAGGCCAAACUGGUCCCCAGGGUCCAACAGCCAACUACCCGGGACAGUCUGGUCCUCAAGGUCCAGUUGCAAACUACCCAGGACAAUCAGGACCACAAGGACCAACCACCAAUUAUCCAGGCCAAACUGGUCCCCAGGGUCCAACAGCCAACUACCCGGGACAGUCUGGUCCUCAAGGUCCAACGGCCAACUACCCAGGCCAAUCAGGUCCCCAAGGUCCAACAGCCAACUACCCGGGACAGUCUGGUCCUCAAGGCCCAACCGCUAACUACCCAGGACAAUCAGGACCACAAGGACCAACCGCCAACUACCCGGGACAGUCAGGUCCUCAAGGCCCAACCGCUAACUACCCAGGACAAUCAGGACCACAAGGACCAACCGCUAACUACCCAGGACAAUCAGGACCACAAGGACCAACCGCCAACUACCCGGGACAGUCAGGUCCUCAAGGCCCAACCGCUAACUACCCAGGACAAUCAGGACCACAAGGACCAACCGCCAAUUACCCAGGACAGUCUGGUUCUCAAAGGCCAACUGCCAACUAUCCAGGUCAAUCUGGUUCCCAGGGCCCAACAGCUAACUACCCAGGACAAAUAGGAUCACAAGGUCCAACUGCCAACUACCCAGGACAAUAUGGCCCACAAGGUCCAUCAGCUAGCUACCCAGGCCAAUCAGGUAUCAAAGGUCCAUCUGCCAACUACCCAGGACAGUCUGGUUCUCAAGGUCCGUCAUCCAACUACCCAGGACAGUCUGGUUCUCAAGGUCCAUCAGCCAACUACCCAGGACAGUCUGGUUCUCAAGGUCCGUCAGCCAACUACCCAGGACAGUCUGGUUCUCAAGGUCCGUCAGCCAACUACCCAGGACAAAUAGGAUCACAAGGCCCAACAGCAAAUUACCCAUCACAGACAGGUGCACUAUUCCCGAGUCAACGUCCAAGUAGCUACCCAGGUGCACAAGCUACACCAUCAUACCCAUCUACAGGUGCAAACAAUAACGGUCGACCGAGUUCUCAAGGUCCAUUUGGAAGUUCAGGCACAACACCUUACCCCAGUCAAGGAAGUACUGUGGGAUCAUAUGGUCCAAGCUCAACUUUAUCAGGUGCAUCGCCAACGUCUGCCUCAUACCCAGGAUCCACUUUAUCUGAUGCGCAGUUUGUAAACUCUUACAAUAAACCAGCCGUACCAGACAGGGAAUAUUUGCCACCAUACAAAAAAUGA